CGCUCUAUGAACACUAUGCCUGCACGAGUUUUAAUUUAAGUUGUACGUCCUUCCCAAAUAAAACUAGCGCCCGUCGUUUUAUUCAGGAUCCGAAAGCCAGGCGGGCCAACGACGACUUUUUUUAGCCAACGGCUGUAAAUUUCUCUCUCUGAAUUAAGAAAUCGAGAAGGGAGGAGAAAAAUGGAGGCACAAUCAGUUAUCGCAUGCAGUACAAGUCCACUCUGCCUUGUAGGGUCUGUCAAAACGAAAAGGACGCGUUUCAGAGUUUUCUUUAGCCAAAGAAAACCAACAAAUCGAGCUUUGGCACGCAAGAUAAUAUGGCAAUGGAAGCAGGGGCGAAGCGUCUAUGGAAAGGAAAUUUUUGUAGACUGUGCUUCAUUAGUACAAACAUUAGGCAAGAAAAGAAUGACUCAUUUAGCUGAUGAACUAUUACUGGAGAUGAAAUCCCAAGGAUAUGUGCCCAGCAACUCUACCCUUUCAGCUAUGAUGAUUUGUUAUGCUGAAAAUGGCCUUCUCCCUCAAGCUCAAUCAAUAUGGGAGGAAAUCUUGAGUACUUCUUUUGAGCCUAGUAUUCAAAUAGUUUCAGAAUUAAUUAGCGCUUAUGGGAAAUCUGGACAAUUUAAUGAAGUAAAGAAAAUUCUGGACCAAUUAAGUUAUAGUAAUUUCAGCUCGUUACAUGAGGCGUAUUCGCUGGCUAUCUCUUGUUUUGGAAACGGAGGGCAGAUUCAAUUGAUGGAAAAUACAUUGAAGGAGAUGGUUUCGAGGGGUUUCUCAGUAGACUUUGCUACUGGGAAUACUUUUAUCAAAUAUUAUAGUAUUCAUGGCUCUUUGACGGAAAUGGAAUCUGCUUGUAAUCGCCUUAAAAGGUCUAGACAUCUUAUAGACAGAGAAGGAAUCAGAGCAAUGGCAUUUGCAUUUAUAAGGGAAAGAAAAUUUUACAGGCUAGGUGAGUUCCUAAGGGAUGUGGGUCUUGGUAGGAGAGAUGUAGGAAACCUUUUAUGGAACUUUCUGCUGCUAUCUUAUGCUGCCAAUUUCAAAAUGAAAAGUUUGCAGAGAGAAUUUCUUAGAAUGUCGGAAGCUGGUUUCCGGCCUGAUCUCACUACGUUUAAUAUUCGAGCUCUGGCUUUUUCAAGAAUGUCUUUGUUUUGGGAUCUCCAUCUUAGCCUUGAACACAUGAAAUAUGAAAAGGUUUCUCCUGAUCUUGUGACUUAUGGUUGCUUUGUUGAUGCAUACUUGGACAGAAGACUGGGUAAAAACUUGGACUUUGUCCUCAACAAAAUGAAUUUGGAUGAGUCUCCAGUAGUAUCAACGGAUCCUUUUGUGUUUGAGGUUUUAGGUAAAGGAGAUUUCCAUUCAAGUGCAGAAGCAUUUUUAGAGUUUAAGAGGAAGAAGAAAUGGACAUAUAAGGAACUUGUCUCGCUUUAUCUUAGGAAACAGUAUCGAAGUAACCAGAUAUUUUGGAACUACUGACAAUUGACAAUUUGGCUUCAUGUUAGAAGUUAAGAAAUUCUCCAGUUGGUCGAUCAAGAUGAACUGAUGAAGCAUAGCCGUAAAUAGAUUGUGAUAGAGAACUUGUCAAUGGCAAAGGCAGAAACUUUAGUGACCUGGUUUUAUUUUUUAUUUUUUGGGUUCAGCAUAACUGUCCGUUUUGCUGUUUCUCUGAGAAAACUGUUGCCUGGUUUGGAUCUCUUUUGAUCUGGAAACGAUGAUGAUUUAUCCUAAGGACGGCGGACGAAUCCUUAGAGAUAAACGGACAAAUCAAUUUUCCAUUGUAAUUAUUUCUUUUUAAUCAAAAUGUAAGAAACAUCUUUCUAGAAUAAAUACAAGUUGCCUUCCUAGUA